AUGGAAGAUGAAAUGCUCGAACUUGGUAAGGAAUUAAACAAGAAAGUUGAGCAGAUUCGUGCAUCGGAUGUUGCUACGGAGAAGUAUCUGAAGGAAUUGGGUGUUAUCAAGUCACAGCUAGCAGCAACACAGGCAACUGCAGAGGUAAGUGCUUUGUCGGCUGAAUCAGCUCAGUCUCAGUGUAGAGUGCUUUCGAAACAAUUGCAUGAGAGGACCGGUUCCUUGAAAGAGCAUGAGGAUCAAGUAAGUAGACUCGGCGAGCAGCUAGAGAAACUACAAAAGGAGCUGCAAGCUAGAGAAUCUUCACAAAAGCAGCUAAGAGAUGAGGUGUUGAAAGUUGAAAGUGACAUAAUGCGGGCUGUAUCAGUUGUCAGGAAAAAGGAGAAUUCUGAGGUUUGGAAAUUGCUAGAUGAAGAUUCUCCAAAGACUUUUGAAAGAAUCAACAAACUUUUGACGGAUAAAGAUGAUGAAAUAGCAAGACUUAGAGAUGAACUAAAGAUUAUAUCGGCUCAUUGGAGGUUUAAGACAAAGGAAUUAGAGGAUCAGGUGGAGAAUCAAAGAAGAAUCGAUCAGGAGCUUAAGAAGAAGGUGCUGAAGUUAGAAUUUUGCCUUCGCGAAACACGCAUCCAAACUCGAAAACUUCAGAAGAUAGGAGAGCGAAACGAUGUGGCAAUACAAGAACUCAAGGAGCAAUUGGCUGCAAAAAAACAUCGUAAAGCUGAUCCUUUUAACAACCAAAACUUCUGGGACAAAUCAGGUUUCAAGGUUGUUGUCACCAUGUCGAUGCUGAUAUUAGUUGCCUUUUCUAGGCGUUGA